AUGGAUAGUAAUAGCUCAAAUUUCUUCCAGACGGAUUGUGAUUCGAUAGUUUCACAGCUUGAGGAUCAAGAGGAGCGGAUUCGACUCAAGAGAAGGUGGCUGUUGGGUCUUUCUGAGGAUCAUACUCUGGAAAAAUCAGACUUUCUCGAAUCCGAUUUCCUCCCUGAAUCUUUGCUCAGGGAAGAUGAUAUAUUCUACGAGACUGUAAAGUCACGUGUAGAAGAAGGAUUUGGAAUUCGCAAGAAGGGAGAGGUUCCACAAAAGGAGUCAAAGCUCUGCACUAAAGACGUUGUUAAAACGCUUGACUUGAGUCUUGACUCUUUGACGACAAAGGGUCUAUAUCUCAUUGCAACGAUAGUCACAAGAGACUCUACUUCUACUUCGUUCGAGAAGACCCGAUCGAAAAUGAAAAAGAUCAUCAGAGAAUCAAUCCGCAGAGACUUCAGAGAGAGAAGAGACGAUACAGGAACGGCAGACAUUGUUAAGCAGAUGCAUCAAGUUCUUAGUGAUCCUAGAAAUUUUCGGAAAAAUUGCAAGAUUGAUUUGUCAACACCAACGUUUGAGUCCCAUCGUGAUGCUAUAACUAAGGUACUUAACGAGCUAGAUAAGCUAUCGACUCAGACUCUACUUGCAAUGAAAAGGAAACUUAAAGGCUCAAGAACGAUUCCUCGGUUUAAUAUCAGUAGCUGCAGUAUGAGUCGAGGCAAACUGAUGGACCAAGUGAGGCAAGCUAGCGAGAAGAUGCUUUCUACAGGGGAUAAACUUCAGGAACCAUUGGCUAAGGCGGUGUUGUUAGCUGAUUUAUCACUUAAAGUAAGUUCUGGCUACAAAGCUGUCGCCGCCGCAGAUUUUUUGCAGUUGUCACCGGAAACGAAGAAACUUCAGAACGAGAUAGUGAAGGCGGUUUGGUUAAUCAGUAGUGACGUGGUUAGUAUUGAUGAGCUUGAAAGUCUGCGUCUUAUCUUAGACCCAGAAGCCAAAGUAUCAAACAACAGCUUAAGAUUAGCGGUUAAAACGAUGUUGAUUGAGUAUCUGUUUGAGUGCAGUGAUAUGGACAUUAUUCCAGAGUCUUUAACGAAGGCUCUUUCGUUGGUCAACGAGAGUCCGCGGAAUGUAGAGUAUAAGGAGUUUCCGAGGGAAGCGAUUGAGGAAGAGACGGAGUGUGUGUUGAAUGUGAGUGCUCAAGUGAAGCAAAUGUUUUGGCAAUGUAUACCACAUUAUGAGCUUGAGCAGGACUUUGGUGAUGCUUACAUGGAGGAGCUAGUAGACAGUGAUGAUGAUGAUGAUGAUGGUACUCAGGACGAUGCAAGUGAUUCCUCGUCUCCGGAUAAUGAAGAAGGUGGUGCAGAAUGCUCAUUUUUGGAUCUGGCUGCUUCUACAUACACAAUCAACCAGCAGCGUGUGAGCUCUUCGGUCGUUGUAAGAGACUUGUCAGAGAGUGUUACAAGAGCUCAUCGUAGUUCUCUCUUUGUCACACCCACGUCUAAUAAAUCAACACUUAACAGUGGUAGACAUGACAUAGAUACGAGCAAGGUUAAGAGGGAUAUUGAGAUGGAAGUAGAUGAUAACCAGUUUAGUUCUCGUUCAUUAUUUUCUGUUGAAAACAUACAGAGUGAUGAUCAUCAUGGUGAGCAGAAUCCGCUCAGAAGAAACAAGAACCAGUACCUAGCCGUCCAAGAAAUUUGUGAUGAGACAAGCUUGGUUGCACAUAACUUAAUCGGCCGCUUACUAGAGAAAUUCGCUGACCGAGAAGGCGUAGAAUUAGAAGCGGACGAACGUUCAUAUCUUAGAGGCGAACCUGUAGAAGGGAGUGAAGAAAAGCAAGCUUCAUCGUUGCAAGAGAAGUCAAAUGAGUCGAUCAUUGUUUCUGUUGUCAAAGAGCUAAUGCCCUCCCUUGAUAACAAUGUCUUGAUGAGACUCAAAGAGAUAUGGAGUAGCAAUGGAAUGGAUAAGGAAACAACAAAGGGUAUCGAAUAA